UCAGGUUUCAAAAUGAUCUUAUAGAAAUUGACUACAAAGACAUUUUGCCAUUUUUAUUAUGGCUCCCAAUAUUGAUUGGGCCACUGUUGGCACAGUGGCUCAAGGUAGUUCUACAGUGGAUGACGAGACAAUUGACAGGGUGGUUGAAGAUCUUCGUACAGUUAAAGAUGCAGAUUUUAAAAAUGAACCAGACAAGUUGAUCAUGCUUUUCAAAUCUGCUUUGAAUAUUCUUGAUCAUCGAGAGCAAGAAUAUGAAGCUUUACUCGAUGAACAAGUAAAAUCUGUUAAUGAUAAAGAUUCACAGAUUGAAGAAUUAAAAAGAAGGCUAGAGGAUGAACGAAGAUUUGGAUCGGGAGGUGCUGGUGGCCUCCGCGGCGACACGGAAUACAUUCGUGCGGAAAAUAGGAAUCUUGCUGAAUUGGUAGAAGGAUACAAAGAACAAGAAAGGGAACUUAGAAUUGAACUUGAAGAAAUGUCGAGAGAUAGAUAUACUUUUGAGCGAGAGAACAACGAAAUGAAGCAACAAGUUAAAGAUCUAAAACUGGAGAAUCAAGAAUUGAAAAGUGAUCUUCGUGACUUCCGUGAUAUUAUGGAGAAGCAACAUCGUGAACGUUUGGGUGUCAAAGGUCAUAUUGAUUCAGAAAUGAAAGACAAACUCACUGAGAAAAACAAUCAAAUAACAGAUUUACUCGAUCAAAUAACGGAAUUAGAAAAAGUAAACAAAGACUUGGAAUCCAAAAAUCAUGGAGUCAGAGAUGAAAUGGAAAGAGCUCAACAAGACAUGGAAAAGAUGGCCGACGAAUAUGAGAAAAUGAAACGUGUCAUAGAUGGAACAGAUCAGUACUCAGAAAAUAUUCAGAAGGAAAAUGCUGCAUACAAACUCCAGGUUGCUGAUCUUCGUGAACAAUUGAAAGGUAAAAAUGAAGAAGUUGAUGCAAUUGUUGAAACGGUCAAUACGAAAGUGGAAGAAUGGAAAAACAGAAUGACUGAAAAAGAUAGAUUACUGACGGAGAACGCAAGAACCAUUGCUGCUUUACAAGACCAAAUCAAUUCGGCAGCUCUGGAUCAAGAUAGAAUAAGAGCUGAACAAUUGACAAAGAAAUUAAAAGAAAAAGAAGAACAGAUCAAACAAUUACAGACAAGUUUAGAACAAGUUAUAAACGAUUUGGAUGCACAGACUGCUAUUGUGCAAGAUUUAAGAAAGGACUCUGGAACUAACAGAGAAAUUAUUGGAUAUAAAAAUCAAAUUAAAACGUUACAGAGUAAAAUUAAGCAAUUGGAAGAUUCAGUAGCGGAUGCUGAAACUCAUCGAUUAGCUGCUGAAGGAGAAGCUAGAGAUAAAGAUCAAAAAUUAAACGCAGCUUUGAAAAGAAUUGAUGAUAUUGAAUCAGGAGAAUAUGGACUUUCCGAAGCUGUUCAUGAAAUUAAAGAAUGUAAAAACCAAAUCAAAGUACGAGAUCAAAAUAUUGAAGAAUUAAUAAGACAAGUCAAUCAGCUGGAAGAAAAAUUGAACGAUAUUUUAGAAGAAAAUGAUGAAUUUCGUGAACGACUCGGUAUCAAUCCUCGAGAUCUUACAGACAUUGCAAAAAUGAGAAAAUCAAGAGCUUUGAGGCAGCAACAAUACAGAGCUGAGAAUCAAAUUCUUUUGAAAGAAAUUGAAAGACUUGAAGAUGAAAGAAUUGAAAUGAAACAUCAGAUACGAUCACAAGCUCAAACGUACAGUCAGAGAGCAGUUUCUGAAGGAUUGCAUCAAGAUGAUAUCGACACAAUUGAAGAAUUUAUUGAAGAGCUAAAACGAAAAAGAAAAAUUGGAAAACCGGUUCAAAGACCCAAGAAUGUUAGAUUUUCUGGAAGCUCAAUGCAGCAAGCUAAUUGGAAAAUGGAUGAACUAAAUAAACAAGCUGAUCAAGCUGAAACACAUUUACAAAUGUCUCAGGCUGAGAAUACAAGAUUGAAGCAGGAGAGGAAAUCAUUGCAAAAAGAAAAUGUUGAAAUGAAGAAUGCAAUGAAAGAAAUACUAGAAGCGAUCAAAAAUUCAAAAGAAGAUGGUACAAGUGGUAGCAUUGAGAUCCCAUCACUGGAAAGAUUAAUUAACGCAAUCGAAGUUCAAAACAUCCACGGAGAAUAUGAACCAGCACUUCAUAUGAAAGCACAGGUCGAUCAAUUGACUGGAAGAAAUGAAGAAUUACGACAAGAAUUAAGAUCUACAAGAGGAGACUUUGCUGCUGCUAGUGGGGAGAAAGCAAAUUACAAAUCACAAAAUGAAGUUCUCAAAGCUGAAGUUGCGACAUUGUCAAAAUUAGCAGAAGGAAAGGGCGGAAAAACAGUUAUCCAUACAAUACCACUACCUGAUAAUAUAGAACCUACAUAUGCAGAUAUUAUUACUGCACUGAAUGAACAACUGAUGCAGGUCAUGAAUGAUGUUGCGAAAAGAGACGAAAAGUUGAAAAAUGUCAACGAGUCGCUCGAACAAUCAAGAAGACAAUUUCAUUUACUUAGACAUCAGAAUCAUUUGGUUUAUAAAGAGCAUUUGGACGCCAAGAAGAAAUGGGAAAUUGAAAAUAAAAACAAAGAUGGUCAAAUUAGGAUACUUCAAGAACAAUCAGAUAAAGAUUCCGUCCGGGUGCAAGAACUUGAUAGAUUGCUGGAUUCUUUACAAAGAGAUCCCGAUACUGUAAAGCAAAGACUUGCGGAAACAACAAGAAAAAUUUCUCUUCUUCGUGUUAAUGAAAAAACUCUUAUCAGGCAUCAUAAGGCUCUCGAAUCAAGUGAAGAACAACUUCAUAUUGAAAAUAACAGGCUUCGAAAUGAAAUUUUAUUGAUGGAAAAGGCUGUUUCAGAAAGACUUGGUUAUUUGGAAAGAUAUAAAGAUAUGGCUGCAUAUAAAAUCGCUGCAUUGCAAAAGAACAUGGAUAGCUGUGUACCUGAGAUUGAACUUGAAAAUAUAAAUCGCAAGUAUGAUGAACUCACUGCAAAAUAUAGAGAUCUGUUGCAGAAAGAGAAUCAGUUUGUGGCUAAGAAUACAAAAGUAGAGACUUUGCAGGCCGAAAUCAAAAUACUAAAUGAAGAGAUUGAAUCUUUGAGGAAGGAACUUUCAAUAGAAAAAGAGAAGCGACAUACUCUUGGUGAAGCAUUACAAAGAGCUGAAGGUUUAUCAUCUCAAACAGGAUCGACGCGAGGCUCAAAAUCAAUGAGUAAAGACGCGAUUAAUUAUGAAAUAUCUGCAGUGAUGAAAAAGGUUACUGUACUUGAAAUGAAGGAAUUAAAUGAAAGACAAAGAGCAGAACACUCAACACGAAUGUUUAGUCAAAUCAAAUCUACAGUUGAUGCUUUGGAAAAUAGAAAUAUGGAAUUGGAACAUAAAUUUUCUGAGCUUACAAAAAUGAAUUUGACAAGUCAGAAAACAGAGAGAGAAUUACGGGAUGAACUUGCUGCUGCUGUACCAUUGUCUGUCAGUGAAGCAGAUCGAAAGAAAAUUUCUAAAUUAGAGGAAGAAUCUGCUAAAACAAGGGUACGAAUGUCACAAUUACAAGACAUGGCUGACAUCGCACAAAAUCAAUUAAAAACUCUUCAAUCUCAACAACAUGGCAGAGAAAGAGAAAUGAGAUCAUUGAGAGAACAAGUUAGAGAAUUUCAGAUUCAAAGUGAUGAUAAAUCAUUGAUUGGAAAGCUUCACAGACAAAUAGUCAACCUCCAAUCUGUUGAAGCAGAUCAAAAACUCAAAAUUGAAAAAAUCACAAUACAAGUUAGAAAACUUGAAGCACAUGUACUGAGACAAGAAAAGUUGAUUGAUGAAAAAGAAUUGAUGGUUUAUCAUGUCCGUACUGAAACGACAACUAGGAAUCGUCAGUUGAAGAAAACAAUACAAAGCUUACGUCAACAAUUUAGUGGGGCUUUACCUCUACAUCAGCAGGAGAAAUUCUCACAAUCUAUGAUAAGACUGCAAGAAGACAAAGCCAGAAUACAAGAUGAAUUGAAGAGAGUUAGAAAAGAGAGAGAAGGCCUAGAAGACAAACUCGCUGAAGCGGAAAUAAAGGAAGAAGGAUUAUUGGAAUUGAAGAAAACAAUCAAGGAUGGCAGAGGUGCACAAAAGUUGGAAGAAUGGUGCAAACGAAUGGAUGCAUUGAGAUUGCAAGAUCUGAAAUUACAAAGACAGGUUGUGAGACAAAAUGAAGAAAUAAAAUAUCUUGAGAAAACAGCAGCUCAACAUGAGAAGACAAUAGCGGCAAGAGAAGAAGAUAUUGUUGAAAUGUUGAGGAAUCAAGAAAAACAGCAGUUGGAAUGGGAACAGAGGGAAACACAACUGGAAAGAAUGUUGGAUGAUUUUGACAUGAAACGUAGAGAAGUGUCAAAAAAGGCCAAACGACUUGAAGAUAUUCCAUCUUUGAUACCUGACCCUACCUUACCACUUGAUAUCCAGCUGACAAGAGCAUUAAAGACAGUCUCGGAACAGACGACUAGGCAAAAAGAUUUAAUCAGUCAACUCAAGUUUCAUGAGAAUGAUAAUGACAGACUGAAAAACCGAGUACAAGUUCUGGAAGGAGAUUUAUUUACAAGAGAUAGAAUGAUAAAUGAUCUUCGAAUGAGAAUUCCUGAAGGAACUACAGCCAAUGAUGUCAGGAUUAUAAAAUCUGAAAUUGGUCUGGAGUCUGGUUUGUCUCAACAAUUACAUGUAGCCAAACAAACAAUUGAAACUUUGAAGAAGAGAUUGAAACAGAAAGAAGACAGCAUUGAAAGUUAUAAAAAACUACUCGAAGAGUCGAGAACAGAUCAUGAAUCAGCUGUAAAACAACAUGAGAAUCAAUUGUCUUCAAUGCAAAAAAGAAUUCAUUCAAAAGCUGAUGAGGCUUUCGGAAGAUUCCGUCAAGUUGCAUUGGAUGCUGUCGCUAAAAAAUCAAGCAAAGCUCCAACCUCGUCACAACUUGCUCGAUUAUCAGAAUUGGAAGAACUCGUUCAAGAGCAAGAUGUUGCUCUCACUGCUCUCAUGGAAAGAGUAAAAGCUGCAAAUGCUGAUAUCAGAAAACAUAAAGAAACAAUUGAGAGUGUGAGGAGACAUGCUGAAAGAGAGAGAAGCAAAAUAUUUGAUGAACAUGAGCAUAUUGUCAGAAAAUUAAAAGAUGAAAUUUCAAGUAAAGAAAGAAGUAUGGAUGAUUUGGAAAGAGAUGCUGCAAGAAUGAAAUUGGAAUUGCAACAAGAGAGAGAAUCUAAUACUCGAGCUCCAUCUGUAACGAUGAAGAAUCUUGUCGUAAGGUUGAGAUCACAACUUGAAGAAAAGGACGCCCAACAAAAGAAACUCAGUCAAGCCAUCACAGAACUACGAGCAGAUCUUGUUCAACAAGCUCAAGAAAAUGUUCGUGCUGCAAGUGAAGGUGUCAAUACAAAUGCUGCUAUGCAAGCUCUUGUGCAGAAAAGAACUGAAUCAUAUCGAGAUGAAGUUGAUGAACUGAAAGACAAACUUGCUCUUGUACAACGUGGAUUGAAACAAGAACGACAAAAACAAGAAAAAUUAAAAACAGAGUUAAAACAAAUACUUGAUGAAAUGGAAAAGAAAGACUUACAAAUGAAUAGGUUGAAAAACGAUAAACAAAAAUUAGAUCAAGAAAAUGAAAGAUUGAGAGACAAAGUACGAAGACUCGCAAAAACGGAUGAUAGACCUGGUAGCGGAAACAAAAUCAAAUUCACUAAUGCAGGGGCAACUUUUUCUGUUCCUAAUAAAAGUAAUCAUGAUAGUGAUGAAGAUGUUGACACAGAAUCUUCUGAUGACAAGGAUGACGUCCAGGAGGAAAUAGUACAGGAAGAUGUCAUUGUACCUCAAGAAGCUGGAAAAACAAAAUCUUCCGGUAAGCCACCAUCAUCCAAACUACCAAAAUCUACAGUUACCAUCAAGUUUGGUAGUGGUUCCGGUAUGGAAGAGAAAAAUAAUAAAAUUCGACAACUUGAAGAUGAAGUUAAAAAAUUGAAAGUAAAUUUGGAAAAAGCGCAAGCACCAAGCAAGAAUGAGGUUGAAUUAGCUAAGUGGGAGGCGAAAAAAUUAUGGCAAAAUAGAGUUGAUGCUUUGAGGACAAAGUUACAGGACAAAGAUAAAACAAUACAACAACUUGAAAAACAGAUCACGUCUUUACGAGACACAGUCUCAAGAUUGGAAAGAGAUAAAUUAAGAAGAGUCGGUGGAUCUGGUGCUCCUAUACAUGCUGUUGGACAAAAUAAUGAAUCUGCUGUAGUCGAUAGAUUAGCAAGACAAGACAGACAUAAAAUUGAAGAUUUGAGUCGUCGUUUACAUGAUUUGGCUGAAGAAAACAGUAAAUUAAAAAGGGAAAAUCAACUACCAAGAGAUAUUAUAGUUGCAGAAAUGGAAGCGAAAAAUAAAACACUGGCAGAGAGAUUAGAAGAUCUGGAAAAAGAAAUAACUAUGAAAGGAGUACGUCCUCAAGUCAGCAACUCCAUUGAUCAACUUCAACGUGAUAGAGAAAAUAAAUUCCAAAGUGAUUUACUCAAGCUUUAUGCUGAAAACGCAGAGCUCAAAUUUGAAGUUGAGCAGAGUAAAUUAGACAUUCCACGACUCAAGGAUCGAGUUGAAGACCAACAGCGAUAUAUUGAAUUACUGAAAGCAGAGAAGCGAGAAGCAGAAAUAAAAGCUGACAAAUCAAAGAUUGGACAACACAAAAAGCAGGGAAAAGAUCUCGGUUCCACUGGAAAAUCUCCAGCUGAAUUAGAAAGAAUGCUGGGAAUGAUGAAAAAAGUGGUUGAAAGAGUGCAACGAGAGAAUGAUACUCUGAAAAAAGCACCUGGUGUGGUAUCAAAUGAAAUAUUUGAUGCCACAAAGAAAGAAAAUGCUCAAUUGAAGCAACGAAUUGAUAUGAUGUCUCGACAAAUUGGAGGUCAACUAAGUUCAAGAUAUGAAAGCAAAACCCAGGGUGUCGAAAGGCUGAUGAAAGAAAAUGAACGAUUACGUAAAGAUUUGAAUAAAGAGAGUACUGCUCAUGAGAAGAUAAAGGCAUCAAAAGCCUCAUUGCAGUCCUUAUAUGAAAAACAACGUUCUGAGAUAGAAAAGUUGAAUGAAAAACUCAGAGUGGCUGAAAGUAAAACUCCUCGGGUUGCUGGUCUUGGAAGUAAAGGAUAUAAUUCAGUUGUCACAAACAAGAUGUUAGAGACCAAGUUGAAGAAAGCUGAACAAGAAUUAGGUGAUAAGAAGUCACAAAUCAAUGAUUUGAAAAUUGUUUUACAAGAUUCUGCGAAACGUGAAAAUGAACUUCAUGAUGAGAAUGAAAAACUGAAGGAACAGAUUGAAAUAUUAGAACGGUUUCCACCUGAAGCUGGAGGUUCAGAUGCAAAUACUGUGAGGGAGUUACAACAAGCAAGGGUAAAAAUUAAUGAAUUGGAAAAAGCAAACAAAGAUUUAGAAGAAAUGUUGCAAGUGUUGAGACGUCAUAUUGCUUCAUCAAAAGAAUUUAAUGAAGAUGAUAUUCUAGGAUCCAGUAUGGACAACGCGAUGUUAGCUAAAUUGAAGCAGUACGACUCUACACUUGAAAAAAAUACAAAACUUAACACGGAUUUGGUGCUUACUAAACAAGAGAGAGACAGAUUGAAAGAGGAAAUUUCACGUCUUGAGAAGGAACUUUCAAAUUUCAAUGACGACUUUUUUGAUGAAAUUGAAGAUUUAAAAUACAAUUAUGCAGAGGCUGUAAAACGUAACGUUUUGUAUGAGGAACAGCUUAGAAAUUUGUCAAAACAAUUUGGGGUACAAGUUGAUAUUCAGGAUGAUGAUGCAACAAAAUCAUGAAUUUUUGAAGCUUUAAAUUACCUCUUGCACUAGGACUAUAUAAAAUAUAUUACCAACUACCAACCUUCCUAAUAUUGAUAUGUUCUUUUCUGGAAUAUCUUUUAUGUUAUAGGAUUCCAAAGUUUGCUAGCUAUUUUUGUAUCAUUGUAAUCUGUUUAAAUAUUUAUUACAUUUAAUAAAAAAAAUAUUUUGUG